AUGGCGACGCUGGUAGACUCGCUGGUCGCACGGCGGGACACGCAGGGCGUCCUCUUCCCUCCGUUGAACUUUGCCAUGGUCGUGCCGGGUGCGCGUGUACCGCUCCGGACACCCGAACAAGGACAACUUCCCUUCCUCGACACGCUGACCCUCAAGAGCAUCAUGUACCUCUCGACGGACAACUAUCGCAACGACACGUACACGUGGGCGCGGCAGAAGGGCUGGACGUCGUUGCAUCACGAGGACACGCUCGAAGCAGUCGAGCGACCGAAAGGAACGAGGUUCAGAGGGGAAAAGGCGUCUUCCGCAGGUUUGACAGCGUUCGAGCAGGGGAAGGACGCUUCUGCAGUCGUGUCUGCGCGUCGACCCAGCACCGCUUGUCCGAUGACUAUCGAGCGGGCUCGUAAGGUCCAGCGUUUCAUGUCGCAGCCGUUCGCCGUUGCCGAGGUCUUCACCGGUAUCGAGGGCGCCCUCGUCCCCUUGAAGAAGACGGUCGAGUCGUUCAAGUCGAUCCUCGCCGGCGAGUACGACCACCUCCCCGAGAACGCUUUCUACAUGGUCGGCGACAUCGACUCGGUUGUUGCCAAGGCUGAGAAGCUCGCAGCUGAGAUGGCCGAGGGCAACUAA